AUGGAGCUCUCCUCAGCCCCUCUCCACAAAGGGCAGCUACCCUGUAGGGGACUCCUGCUGGCAGCCUCACUUUUGAUCUACUGGAGCUCUCCCACCACAGCCCAAGUCACUGUGGAAGCAGUUCCGCCCCAUGUUGCUGAAGGGGCAAAUGUUCUUCUACUUGUCCACAAUCUGCCAGAGACACCCCAAGUCUUUUACUGGAACAAGGGAGAAAAUCCGGAUAACAGUAACGAAAUUACACGAUUUAUAACGUCAGAUAAUGUAAAUAAAACAGGGCCUGCAUACAGUGGCAGAGAGACAAUAUACCCCAAUGGAUCCCUGCUCUUCCAGAACAUCACUCAGAAAGACACUGGAGCCUACACGUUCCAAAUGAUAACGCAAAGCUAUUAUUUUAUUACAAGAUCCGUGCAGUUCCAUGUUCACCCCUCACUUUUGAUCUACAUGAGCUCUCCCACCAUGGCCCAAGUCACUGUGGAAGCAGUUCCGCCCCACGUUGCUGAAGGGGCAAAUGUUCUUCUACUUGUCCACAAUCUGCCAGAGACACUCCAAGUCUUUUCCUGGUACAAGGGAGAAAAUGUGGAUGAGAAAAAGGAGAUUGUAAAAUUUGUAAAACCCGGAGAAACAUAUAAAAGAGGGCCUGCAUACAGUGGCAGAGUAAAAAUAUACCUCAAUGGAUCUCUGCUCUUACUCAAUGUCGCUCAGAAAGAUGCAGUACCCUACAUGCUACAUAUGAAAAUGGGAAACCUUGACGCUAGAAAUGCAUCUGUGAAGUUCCAUGUACACCCACUGCUACCCAAGCCCAAAAUCACAAGCAACAAUUCCAAUCCCAUGGAAGGCGAGGACUCAGUAGCAUUAAUGUGUGAGCCUGAGACUGAGAAUACAAACUACCUGUGGAGGAGAAAUGGCCAAAGCCUCUCAGAAGGUGACAGGCUGAAGCUGUCUGAGGACAACAGGACUCUCACUUUACUCAGUGUUGUGAGGAAUGACACAGGAGAUUAUGAGUGUGAAACCCGGAACCCAGUGAGCACCUCCCGAAGUUAUCCAUUCCAUCUGGAAAUUACCUAUGGUCCAGACAUCCCUAUCAUAUCCCCCUCAAAUACUCAUUUUCGUUCAAGGACAAACCUCAGUCUCUCCUGCCAUUCAGCUGCUCUCCCACCCACGCUGUACUCUUGGUUUGUCAAUGGAGAGCUAGUGUCAUCCUCCCAAGAGCUCUUUAUCCCCAACAUCACUACUAAUAACAGUGGAUCCUAUACCUGCCUCAUCCAUUACUUUGUCACUGGCCUCAAUAAGACCAGAGUCAAGAACAUUGAAGUCCUUGAGCCAGUGACUACACCCACCAUCAAAGCCACCAAAUCUGAAGUCAAAGAACGAAACUCUGUGCACCUGACCUGCGACUUCAACUCCAGUGACUCUACAAUUGCCUACCGCUGGUUCCACAAUGGCAAGGGAAUGGAAUUCACAGACAGGGUAUUCUUAAUUCAAAACAGACUCCUCUCCAUAUCGCACGCCAGGAAGGAGGAUUCUGGGGCGUAUCAGUGUGAGAUAUACAAUGCAGUCAGUUCCAAGAGGAGUGACCCAUUCCAGUUGACCGUAAGACCCUCUCUUACGAUCCUCUGGAGCUCACGCACCAAGCCCGCAGUUACUGUGGAGGCAGUUCCACCCCAUGUUGAUGAAGGGAAGAGUGUUGUUCUACUUGUCCAUGAUAUGCCAGAGAAAGUCAAAUCCUUUUUCUGGUACAAGGGAAAAAAUAGUAUUGAGGAGAAUAAAAUUGCCCGAUUUCUAAAAUCUGAUAGCACAGUUCAAAAAGGGCCUGCAUACAGCGGCAGAGAGAAAAUAUACCAAAGUGGAUCCCUGGUCUUCCGGAAUGUCACUAAGAUCGAUGAAGGAGCCUAUUUGCUACGUAUGGAAACAGAAAACUUAAAUUUUAUGGCAUAUGUGCACAUCCAUGUGAACCCUAAGUAA